AUUUAAUUAAUAACUACUUGUCAAAAAUAUUGCCUAAUUUGGAAUGGUCUAUUCCUUAGAACAUCAAGUUCUAUUCUGUAACUGGUGCACAAGGUCAAAUAUUUCGGUCCCAACAAAAUCAAUGGAAACGAUAGUUAGAUUUCGCUUCUGACUUCUGGGUCACAAAACCAACCAACAAAACAGUGAUUUUUAAUUAAUAAUUAUAGACAAAGGGACAAAGCGUACACUUUGAGAUUAUUACCUACCAUAAAAUGGAAAGAAAAGAGGACAAUGAAGAUACAGUAACAACUAUCAAGUUUGAGAGUAGUAUUUCUGUCAAUCCUGAAUUCAUAAAAAAAGAACCUGCUCUAGUUUAUCAAGAUACUCCUAGGGAAGACUAUGGACAUGGAGGUUCUGAUAUUAAUUUGGACCAAAUUAAAACAGAAUUAUCAGUUGAAGAUAUAACAAUUGGACAGAAGGGAGAUGAUUUAGCAGGAUUCCAGUAUUUUAAUAGUUAUGUUGAUAAUAUAAAAGUCCAGCAUUUUGCUAAAGGAAAUCAAAGCAGUGAACAUGAUAGCUUCAAAAAUGAAGUUAAAGAGGAGCCCAAUAGAGAAAAUACACAUGAUACAUUUGAUGAUUCAAAAUUAAAUGAAUGCUCCUUAAAAAUUGAAAUAGAAGAAGAUGAAAUUAAACUCAAGCCACAUGAAGAAAAAGAAAUGAACGAAAAAGACUUUCCCCAAGAGGACACUCUGGAAAUUAUAAAAACAACAGAAGUACAUUCAUCUAAUAAAGAACAACAUACUAGUGAUCCUGCAAAAGAAAAAACAUUCAAAUGUGAAAUUUGUGGUAAGCAGUUUGGAAAAAAACAUAAUUUAAACUUACACAUGAGAAUUCAUACAGGAGAAAAAUGUUACAAAUGCGACAUUUGUUGUAAGCAGUUUAGAGAGGCACAAUCUUUAAAACGGCAUAUAAGAACUCACACUGGAGAUAAGCCUUACAAGUGUGAAAUUUGUUUUAAGCAGUUUAGCCAAGCAUGUAAUCUGAAAACACAUUUGAGAAUUCACACUGGAGAGAAUACUUACAAGUGUGAAAUUUGUUUUAAGCCAUUUAGUACUUCAGGAAGCUUAAAAAUUCAUUCAAGACGACACACUGGAGAAAUGCCUUAUAAUUGCCAAAUUUGUUUUAAGCAAUUUAAUCAAGCAGGCAAUUUGAAAACACAUUUGAGAGUGCACACUGGAGAAAAACCUUUCAAAUGUGAAAUUUGUUUUAAGCAGUUUUCAGGACAAUAUUUAAAACGGCAUAUGAGAACGCACCGUGGAGAAAACCCUUACAAGUGUGAAAUUUGUUUUAAGCUGUUUAACCAAGCAAGUAAUUUGAAACAACAUUUGAGAGUGCACACUGGAGAAAAUACUUACAAGUGUGAAUUUUGUUUUACGGCAUUUAGUACUGCAGGAAGUUUAAAAGUUCAUUUAAGACGGCACACUGGAGAAAUGCCCCACGAAUGUCAAAUUUGUUUAAAGAUGUUUAUUACAAUAGGAGAAUUGAAAAAACAUUUGAGAACACAUACAGGAGAAAAGCCUUACAAGUGUGAAAUUUGUUUGAAGCAUUUUAGUCAAAAAAGCAUAUUGAAACAACAUUUGAAAGUGCACACUGGAGAAAAGCCUUACAAGUGUGAAAUUUGUUUUAAGCCAUUCAGUACUUCAGGAAGCUUAAAAAUUCAUUCAAGACGACACACUGGAGAAAUGCCUUAUAAUUGCCAAAUUUGUUUUAAGCAAUUUAAUCAAGCAGGCAAUUUGAAAACACAUUUGAGAGUGCACACUGGAGAAAAACCUUUCAAAUGUGAAAUUUGUUUUAAGCAGUUUUCAGGACAAUAUUUAAAACGGCAUAUGAGAACGCACCGUGGAGAAAACCCUUACAAGUGUGAAAUUUGUUUUAAGCUGUUUAACCAAGCAGGUAAUUUGAAACAACAUUUGAGAGUGCACACUGGAGAAAAUACUUACAAGUGUGAAUUUUGUUUUACGGCAUUUAGUACUGCAGGAAGUUUAAAAGUUCAUUUAAGACGGCACACUGGAGAAAUGCCCCACGAAUGUCAAAUUUGUUUAAAGAUGUUUAUUACAAUAGGAGAAUUGAAAAAACAUUUGAGAACACAUACAGGAGAAAAGCCUUACAAGUGUGAAAUUUGUUUGAAGCAUUUUAGUCAAAAAAGCAUAUUGAAACAACAUUUGAAAGUGCACACUGGAGAAAAGCCUUACAAGUGUGAAAUUUGUUUUAAGCAGUUUAGUAAAAAAAGCAUAUUGAACGAGCAUAUGAGAAUACAUACUGGAGAAAAGCCUUACAAGUGUGAAGUUUGUUUAAAACAAUUUAGUCAAAGCGGAAGCUUGAAAACGCAUUAUUUCAGAAUACACACUAGAAAAACAGCAAAAGUGUGAAAUUUGUUUGUAGCAGUUUAUUUGAGCAACUACAAUAAAAUACAUAUACAAUAUUGGAAAAUUUAUUUCGGAAUAUAGGAGUUUCAAUGCAAUAAGUAGAAUCCUUGAUUUGCAAAUAACCAGUGUAAAUUUCAAGAUAACAUCGCGAUGUGUCAUGUUUAAUUAAUUUGUUCGACUGGAUAUGUUGCACCCAUUGAGUUGUCUGAUUUGCAAUUAACCAGUGUAAAUUUCAAUAUAACGUCGCGAUGUCCAAUAACUAAUUCAUUUGUUCCACUGGAAUCUCACUCUGUCGCUGUCCGCUGAGGCAAAGCAAAAGUGUGCUCGCAGCUCGCACCCAGUGAUGUUCCGUGGCGCCGUUACCAAAUCGGUAGAUACCUUCGGCAAAAAUCGGUACAUUUCAGUAUAUCACAUACACCCCUAGAAAUUUAAGAUUUGAAAGCAAUAUUUGGAAUAAUAAAUGUAUUAAAGUAUAAAAACAAUAUAAAUAAUACUACCUAAUAAACACAAAAUUGUUAUUAAUAAGACAUUCUUAUCUGCACAAAAAUACAGCAGUAAUCCCAAACGGAGUAUCAGGAAAAAACUGUAGACGGGACAACACUGUCACAGUAUAAAGAGGGACAGUAGAACCACUCUCCGAAAAAUUGGAAGUAAAAUCUGUAGUCGCGCAUGGCGACCGCGCAAUGUUCUUAGUUGCUUUUGCCCCACUCUCGCAUCGAAACGUACAGAUUUUAACAGGGAAAACCCGCAUCCACCACUGGUGAAUUACCAAUUGCGUACUGCCGGUAUUACUUCUUGAGAUCAAAGCGCCGACAGAAGAGUGGUUUUACUGUGGAACCUCUAUAUACUGUGAUACUGUCGACGUGCGACCACGCGGACUUCGGGGACAGAAGCUUUUUAUUCUCCAAAGAACUGCAUAGGAGAUUCAAUCCAGUGGAACACAUGAAUUAGUUAUUGAACAUCGCGACGUUAUAUUGAAAUUUACACUGGUUAAUUGCAAAUCAAGGAAUCUACUUAUUGCAUUGAAAGUCAUAUACAUAUUCCGAAAUAAAUUUUUCAAUACUGUAUAUUAGACAUAUGCGACUGAUUGUUUUAUUAAGCAUUUUUUCCAUAAAAAUUAUUUGAACAAAUAUUUGAUGCAUCAGAAAUAUUUAGAGUAUUGAGGAAAAUCCAAUACGAACUAUUUUUCAUCACAUUAAUAGAUCAGCUAACAUUUAGUCCCAAUUAACAUUGUUUAGUAAAAAAAUGUUUUGAAAAGCAUUUAAAACUGAUCCAAAAGUGUACUAUAAAAACAAUAAAUACAUUUC